UUCUAAAAUGGAAGCAACAUAUUUUGAGUGCUACCUUUUAACACAUCUAACACACUCAACAUUGGCAGCCACGCUCAUGAAAUGUCAAUCUAAGUGAGUUAAGAAAGUAAUUAAAGGUCAUUUCACGGAAUUAAAGUGCCCAAGAAGAGUCGGUGGGGGAACAAGAAGUAUCCAGGGGCUCCUAACAUGAAGCCAAUAAAGGCUGUAUUUUACUUUGAUAGCAUAAUCCUCAAAGACAAACACAGGCCAGUCAAAUCUCAGGGCUUCCUUUUCACAGAGACACAACAUAUUUGCCAUAUAUUUACCUUAAGACUAAGCAACCAAGUUGUAACGUCUGUGUUAUAUAACGUUACCAUCUCAUCGCUUUUAGCCUGGUCCUAGAUCUGUUUGUGCUGUAUAGGCAACUCGUAUGUUCGUUCCUGUGACAAAGACCCUAGGAGUUGGCUAUGCAGCACUAGAUCUGGGACCAGAAUACUCAGUUUUCACUGGUUGACUGACAGUUAUGCAGCCCAAUGAGGCCACGAUAACAUUCACCCAGACGUCUCCAUGGCAACUCAAGUAAACAAUGGAGUUUAGUGGCUAUCUGCAGACUAGAGACAGGCGGGAACACUCUUGGGGAUUCACAGAGGGCAAGGAUGGUGUCUGUCUCCCAGUCACCUGGUGAGCCUCACAGGAGGCUCCUUCCAUUGUUCCUGGGCCUGAGGAACAGGAAUGUGUCCUUUGUAUUGGACACCUCAGAGGCCAUGAGCACGGCUCUGGGGUCAGUGAAGCGCCUGCUCAUCCAGACCCUGCUGAACAAGGCAUCCCUCAGAGACUCGCUCUUCAACAUCAUAGGCUUCUCAUACAAGGUAACCCGUUGGUCUGAGCACAUGGUGCCCUGUGCUCCAGACACUGUCUACGAGGCUCUAUCCUGGAUUCACUCCCUCAGCUCCAGCCCAGGUAGGGACCUCAUGGCUGCCCUGAGUACAGCCUUCAGCGACCUAGCCUGCCAUGCCGUCCACCUGGUCACCACCGGUCUCCCUGACCACCCAGAGGAACUCCUCCGGGCCUUGUCAACCAUGGCAGGGGAGAGGCCAGUCCAUGUGUUCCACCUGUCGCUAUCUAACCCCAGCAGCAGCAGCUCUCUGGACGACAGGACUCAGGACUUCAUCCAGUGUCUGACUCACGCCACAAGAGGGAGCUGUUAUGUUCUCCCUGUCGGGAUGGAUGGGGCAGUAGAGCAGGUGAUUCCAUUGUACACUGCUGAGAGCCAGCCCUCAGUGCCAACCUGUUCUCCAGUGAAGUCCUGCAGUCAGUCUACCUCUGUUGUUCCACUACAGCCUUUACUGCCCUUAUCUCCUCUCAGGUGUAUGCGUGGUAAUCCCUUCUGUCCAGUUAGUAGCUGUGUGUUGUCAGGGAGGGCCCUGUCCGUAUGCAGCACAGAGUUUCUCCCAGGCUGCCGUGUGUUGGCCAGGAGGGAGCUGGAUGGCCUUUACUACUUGGGCACUGUAACGCAGCUAGUCCAGGGUCGAAGAGGAGUGUACGUGGUUGAGUUUGACAGGCCGGGGACGAGGAGACCCGAAGGGGGAGACGAUCACGCUAUGAGGAUGUCCCAGCAACAGCAGCUAGUCUGCUCUCCAGACAUGCUGAACCACACUCAGGCCCACACACACUGUCUGGUCCCUGGGGAUGCAGUGUUGUCCCCGUGGGAAACUGACCUGAGGAGAUACGGUCCGGGGAGAGUGGUCUCCGGAAUGGAGACACGAGAUUCAGUGACAGUAGAGAGUGGGAAGGGGCUCCAGGUGCUGCUGUGGAAUGGUAGGCUGAUGCAGGUGCCUGGGGAUCUAGCUGUGUGGAUCCCUGCUUCUCAGCAUGAGCGGAUCGUCAGGGAGCUCCAGCGAAUUCCUCUGCCGCCAUGCUGCAAUGACAAUUUGCUCCACGUCCACAGCACCAUGUGGGCUCCCUAUCUGUACUGCACUGGAACACAGUGCUGUCCAUCAGCAGGUGGACCAUGCCAUUGUCAAAUCAUGCAGCCAUGGUGGCCACUGAGAGUUCCGCCUUGUCAUGUGCAUGGCCUGAGAGAGAGGGAGGGGCUAGAGAGGAAAAAGCGACAAGACCGGGCAGAGCUAGAGAAGAAGGUGGACCUCCAGUUGGGAGAGCUCAAGGAAACUAAAGAGGUCGAACCUGAGACAUCAUCUUUGUCCUCUUCAUCCCUGUCGGGUGAUGAGGAAGCAGGGGCUAUAGGGGUAAAGUCUGUCAGCCUGUUGGCCAGCACAGAGCCCUCUCCCCUGGACAAGCUGGGGCCAGAACACGGCCGACCUGCCUGGAGGUACUGGAGGAGAAGCCAUCCAGAGCCACAGCACAGACAACCAGAGAAAGUACCAAGGGGGAAAUUCCAGUCUAUGGAAAUCAGCUACCCUGACGUCGAGAUCAGUGGCUCACCUAAUCACAGCUCCAUGUUUCAGCCACUUCCUGGCUGUGAGAGGAGGGUGACCAUCAGGGAUGUGUUUGGCCUGACAGACUUCAAACCUCGUCCAAAAACGAGACUGCAGUUAACCGCUGGCAACACGAUCACAGGUGUUUAUACAUGAUGGUUUUGACUAUUGAAGACGAAUCUUGUGGGGUCUUAACUCCCACACCUGUAGAAAUACACAUUUUCAAACUGAAAGACAAUGCCCAGAGCUUACCCAUGAUGUUGCACAACAGUGUAGUCAAUAAGUCAUAGUUUUAGUCAAAGUAUGAUAUAUUUGAGCUUGAAGUGCCAGAUCCAAACGUGUGACUUCGGAUGUUUCCGUGAGUCUUACGUGUCUUUUCCUAUGGAGAUGACGUGCAAAUUACUUCCAGCCUACGUUUCAUUUCAGGGCUGGGUUUUAAUUAAACAUUACCACCCACCAGCAUGGCAAUGUCUAUUAAUCAGAAACACUUGCUGCAAAGUUCCCUAUUCAAGAAUUGUCGGAGAGCCAAACAACUUUUCUUUGUAGCCUACACAAGGGUUUCCACUUGAUAAAGUCAAAAUUGGCUACAUCGUAAAACUUCAUGAAAA